AUGACAGCCAUGGAUCUCAAGCUUGUCGAAGAGGGCACAUUGGCUCCACAGACACAGAGCAGGACAUUCCUUUACCAUGCGGAAACCGCGUUCCUCAUCACCAAGAGCGAUAUAAAGACAACCAUCUUGCCUGCUACGACCUUUGCCUUCACCGCCGUCUUCUCUGGCCUCAUGUCAGACGCUACCACACCAGACGCCAGCAGCGCUCUCUUCGGACUCCUAAAAGCUGUUGUAUGGACGUGGGUGAACCUUUGGAUCUUCAACCUGUCGAAUCAACGCCUGCCCAACUCUGUCCUGGAAGACGCGAUCAACAAGCCCUGGCGCGCUAUCCCCUCAGGACGGCUCACCCCCGAAGAAGCCAGCCAGAUCCUCCUCCUCUCGAUUCCCGCCGGCUACCUCUCGACGCUGUUCCUCGGCGGUACCACGGAGUUCCUCGUCAUGAUGGUGCUCACCUGGGUGUACAACGACCUCGGCGCGGCCGAGGGCCACUUCCUCCUCCGCCACGUCAACAACGCCCUGGGCUUCACCACCUUCGGCGCGGGCGCCGCGCGCGUCGCUUGCGGCGGUGCUCUGAACACGACGACCAUCUACGCCUGGCUCGCCGUCAUCGCGGCAGCCAUCACGUGCACGAUCCAGUUCCAGGAUAUGGAGGACCAGGAGGGCGACCGGCUGCGGGCGCGGAAGACGCUGCCUCUCGUGAUGGGCGAGGGCGCCACGCGGUGGGCCAACGCGGUCACUGUCGUCGGGUUCUCGCUCGUCGCCGCUGCGUUCUGGCGUCUGCCUGUCCUGGGGUACCUGCCCCCUGCGGCGCUCGGGGGUCUCAUUGCGGUGCGGACCUUGACGAGGACAGAUUUGGCGGGGGAUAAGCAGACGUUCAAGCUGUGGUGCUUGUGGCUGAUGCUGUUGUACGUGCUGCCCUUUGCGAAGAUGGAGGGGGUUUGGGAUAUUGGGUUCGGAGCUGGGUCACUCGUUGCAUUGUAA